GGCGCCGUGGAAUCCAUCGCCAUGAAGAACCCCAAGGAACGGACGGCGUUGUUCGAGGAAAUCAGUCGGUCGGGAGAGCUGGCGCAGGAAUACGACAAGCGGAAAAAAGAGAUGGUGAAAGCAGAGGAGGACACUCAAUUUAAUUACCACCGCAAGAAAAACAUCGCCGCCGAGCGCAAAGAAGCCAAGCAGGAGAAAGAAGAGGCGGAUCGUUACCAGCGAUUGAAAGACGAAGUGGUGCGAGCUCAAGUGCAGCUCCAGCUUUUCAAGCUUUAUCAUAACGAAGCGGAGAUCGAGAAACUCAAUAAGGAAUUGGGUUUGAAAAACCGGGAGAUCGAUAAGGAUAAAAAAAGGAUGGAUCGGGUGGAGGACGAGCUGAAGGAUCGCAAGAAAGAGCUGGGCAAAAUGAUGAGGGAACAACAGCAGAUCGAGAAGGAGAUCAAGGAAAAAGAUUCGGAGCUCAACCAGAAGCGUCCUCAGUACAUCAAGGCGAAGGAGAACACCUCGCACAAGAUCAAGAAGCUGGAAGCGGCCAAGAAAUCGCUGCAGAACGCGCAGAAACAGUACAAGAAGCGGAAGGGAGACAUGGACGAGCUGGAGAAGGAGAUGCUGUCGGUGGAAAAAGCGCGGCAAGAAUUCGAGGAACGGAUGGAAGAGGAGAGCCAGAGCCAAGGGCGCGACCUGACGUUGGAGGAGAACCAGGUGAAAAAAUACCACCGGCUGAAGGAGGAGGCCAGCAAACGUGCCGCCACGCUGGCCCAAGAGCUGGAAAAAUUCAACCGGGAUCAGAAAGCCGACCAGGAUCGACUGGAUCUGGAGGAGAGGAAGAAGGUGGAGACCGAGUCCCUGUCCCAAUGCCCCCAUCUCCGUGCCCUCGAGGCGUCCCUCGUUCCCAUCCCCUCGUCCCCACGCCCCGGGGCAGCCCCCCAAAUAGUCCCCCGUCCCCCCAAUCCCCCCCUUAGACAAUCCCUGGAGGAACAAAAGCGCCUGGAAGGAGAAUUAACGGAAGAAGUAGAACUGGCGAAACGUCGCAUCGACGAGAUCAACAAAGAGCUGAACCAGGUGAUGGAACAACUUGGGGACGCCCGCAUCGACCGACAGGAGAGCAGCCGUCAACAACGUAAAGCCGAAAUCAUGGACAGCAUCAAACGCCUCUAUCCCGGCUCCGUCUACGGCCGCCUCAUCGAUCUGUGCCAGCCCACGCAGAAGAAAUAUCAGAUCGCCGUGACCAAGGUGUUGGGGAAGAACAUGGACGCCAUCAUCGUGGAUUCGGAAAAGACGGGGCGCGAUUGUAUCCAGUACAUCAAGGAGCAGCGGGGCGAGCCCGAAACCUUCCUGCCCCUCGAUUAUCUGGAGGUGAAGCCGACGGACGAGAAACUGCGGGAGCUAAAGGGGGCGAAGCUGGUGAUCGACGUGAUCCGAUACGAACCCCCCCACAUCAAAAAAGCCCUUCAAUACGCCUGCGGCAACGCCCUGGUCUGCGACAACGUGGAGGACGCCCGGCGCAUCGCCUUCGGGGGACACCAACGGCACAAAACGGUGGCGUUGGAUGGGACCCUCUUCCAAAAAUCGGGGGUGAUUUCGGGGGGAGCCAGCGACCUGAAGGCCAAAGCCCGGCGCUGGGACGAGAAAGCGGUGGAUAAGCUGAAGGAGAAGAAGGAACGGCUGACGGAGGAGCUCAAGGAGCAAAUGAAGGCGAAGCGGAAGGAAGCCGAGCUGCGCCAAGUCCAGUCCCAAGCCCACGGUCUCCAGAUGCGGCUCAAAUACUCCCAGAGCGACCUGGAGCAGACCAAAACCCGUCACCUCGCCCUCAACCUCCAGGAAAAGUCGAAACUCGAGAGCGAAUUGGCCAAUUUUGGGCCUCGCAUUAACGAUAUCAAGAGGAUCAUCCAGGGCCGGGAGCGGGAGAUGAAGGACCUGAAGGAGAAGAUGAACCAGGUGGAAGACGAGGUGUUCGAGGAGUUUUGCCGUGAAAUCGGGGUCAGGAACAUCCGGGAGUUCGAGGAGGAGAAAGUCAAGAGGCAGAACGAGAUCGCCAAGAAGAGCUUGCCUGCACCCCCUGAGGCUGUGGGGCAGCCCUGUGGGGGUGGCCCGGCCGGGGAGGAGCCGGUGAGCAGCUCCCAGCGCACCUCCAGCCUCUACGCCCGGGAGGCCCUGAUUGAGAUCGACUACAGCGACCUGCCCGAGGAGCUCAAGGACGCGCAGGCGGAGGAGGAGAUCCGGCAGGAGAUGAACCAGCUGCAGCAGCGGCUGAGGGAGCAGCAGAGCGUCCUGCAGCGCAUCGCCGCCCCCAACAUGAAGGCCAUGGAGAAGCUGGAGAGCGUCCGGGACAAGUUCCAGGAGACCUCGGACGAGUUCGAGGCGGCGCGGAAGCGGGCCAAGAAGGCGAAGCAAGCCUUCGAGCAGAUGAAGAAGGAGCGCUUCGACCGCUUCAACGCCUGCUUCGAGUCCGUCGCCACCAACAUCGACGAGAUCUACAAGGCCCUCUCCCGCAACAGCAGCGCCCAGGUGGCCAACUACAUCAAGGAGCAAUCGGCCGCCAAUUUCCAGGCCAUCGUCAUCUCCCUCAAGGAAGAAUUUUACACCAAAGCCCAGAGUCUCAUCGGCGUCUACCGUGAGGGCCACGCAGACCCCGACGGCCAAUACCAAAACCACCUGGACCCGGAGGGGCAAUACCCGCCCUGCGCCGACCCCGACCUCCCCUACGCGCCCCAUACGGACCACGACGGGCAAUACCCGCCCCAUACGGACCGCGACCUCCCCUACCAGGGGCACUUAGAUCGCGACGGGCAAUAUACCGGCCGUACGGACCGCGACGGGCAAUACCAGCCCCACCUGGAUCGCGACGGGCAAUACCAGGAGCACCUGGAGCGCGACGGGCAGUACCAGGAGCAUUUGGAGCGUGACGGGCAAUAUGCCGGACGUACGGACCGGGAGAGAUCCUACGCGGCUCAUAUGGAUCGUGACGGGCAAUACGAGGCGUUAACGGAUCGCGACGGGCCGUAUCCCAACCGUCCCGAUCACGAUAGGUCCUAUCAGAGCCGUAAAGACCGCGACAGACCUUACCAGCCUCGUCCGGAGCGGGACGGGCAAUAUACGGGUCGUAUGGACCGAGACGGGCAGUAUCACGGCUGCUUGGAGCGGGAUCUCCAGUAUCAGCCCCAUUUGGAUCGCGACGGGCAAUAUCCGAGCCGGCCGCCGCACUGCAACGGGGCUGAGCUGUCGCAACAGGACUCGGCCUAUUGCAAUAGAGGGGAUGUGUCUCGAGGAGGCCGACAUAUUGCCACAGGGAUGACCUGUCGCGACAGGCCCCAGGUGGCUGCAACAGGGCCGAUGCGUCACGACGAGGCUGAUGUAUUGCAACGGGGCCGGCCUGUCGCAAAAGGCCCCAGCCCGUUGCAAUAG